GCUGAACCUAACGAGCGGCCCGCAAGUAUCUACUUAUCUCAAACUUAUCUACAUCCAGAUUGCCACGCGCCCCGGCCACGGAAAUCCGAGGGCCUAUAUGAUUCCUCACGGAACAGGAAACGCUCCCAACGCCGUUCCACCUCGAACUGCUGCGACGACGCACGGUGACUUGCCCUAAUCGGUGUACGGCCAAGAGCUCAUUUCCGCCCGCCCACCUCGAUCACGGACGCCCAACGCCAACACACCGGAGACAACUUCGCGCAUUAGUACCGAUACGAUGCCGCCACCCAUCAGCGACGCGGACAAACUGGGGUUCGAAGCCGCGUUCGCGCAGGCGCAGCAGAGCUUCGACGAGGGCGGCGUGCCUAUCGGCGCGGCGCUCGUCGUGCACGGCGACGCUGAGGCGGGCGCGGGCGGGGCACGCGAGGGCAGCGGACCGCGGCUGAUUGGACAGGGCCAUAACGAGCGCAUCCAGAAGAGCUCGGCGAUCCUCCAUGGAGAGAUCUCGGCCCUCGAUGACGCAGGGCGGCAGCUGCCUAGUGUCUAUCGCAACGCGACGAUGUACACGACGCUGAGUCCUUGCAGCAUGUGCACUGGCGCAAUAUUACUAUACAAGAUUCCGCGGGUCGUGAUCGGAGAAAACGCGAACUACCUAGGGGGCGAGGACCUUCUACGGAGCCACGGGGUGGAGGUGAUCGUAUUGGACGACGAGCGGUGCAAAAACCUGAUGGGACGGUACAUUCGAGAGAAACCUGAGGACUGGAAUGAGGAUAUAGGCGAGACGGGUUCGGGAUAAAGCGUGCACCUGCGGGCAGCGAGCGAGUCUUCAGCGGUGCAGGGCUUGCUAUCCAACAACCGCGGGCGACGAGGGUCCAAUCACCGCGGACGGCGGGGGUCCAAUCACCGUAGGCGGAGGGGGGCGGAGGGAUGUAGCCAAUGAACGCAGAACGAUUGCGGUGUAUCAUAUGCGUCUACGAUCAACUUGACUUUGUAGACCACCAUGCCUUAGAAGGUUGAGGCGUCGUGAUUGGUAGCACAAGGCACACA